UUCAAAAGAAAAAAGAUAAGUGAAUAAACUAUAAAAGUGUAGAUUGUCGUAUUGAUAAUGACUCAGCUCGGAAGAUGUACAAUAUGAUCAGAAGUUUGGUCCUCUUGUUUGUGGCGAGCUGCGUCUAUAGCCAGCGGGAGUGUUACUGGAAUGCACAGUGCCCCUACCUCCUGUAUUCCACGAAGACACCUUAUGACACCAUUCGAGGGGAUAUUAGAGAUCAGCCGACCAUAGACAAUUGCCAAGCCGUCAGCAUCUGGUCGUUGCAUAGACAUGGCAACCGCAACCCCGGCUCCAGCGUCACGGACAGGAUUAAAGUUGUCGCCGGCCUAAAGGACGAGAUCAUACAAAGCUUUGAAAACGGCAGAGGACAGCUGUGCUCACAGGAUGUUGAUAAAUUCCGUAACUGGAAAUGGAAUGAAACCCUCGAAGUAUCCCAGUCUUUCCUAACCGGGACUGGGUAUGAAGAGAUCUACGAUAUUGCUAAACGACUUCGUGAGAGAUACCCUCACUUACUGCGAGGGUCUGAUGACGACUACUACUUCAGGGUGACUAACGAACAGCGGACUGUCACCAGCGGCAUGGCUUUCGUUCACGCUCUUGCGGAAGGAACCAAUCUCAACCUAACUGUAGAUGGACCUUAUGAAAGGGAUGAUUUAAUUAGACCGUAUGAAAACUGUGAUAGAUACCAGCAGGAGGUGAAAGGUGGCCCACAAGUGGAGGCCGAACUUGAAGCUUAUUUUGAAUCAGCUGAAUACAAAGCCGUACAAAAUAAUGUCCAAGAACGUCUGGGCAUACAAACUCAACUAUCUGCAGAAGACGUAUAUUCUAUUUACGAAAUAUGCCGUUUCUACCGCUCCUGGACGGAGACCAAGCUUUGCCCAUGGUGUGCCGCCUUCUCCGACCAGGACCUCAUUGUCUUGGAGUACAGAGAUGAUGUACGGCAUUAUUACAGGAAUGCAUACGGUUCCUGGGUACCCGGGAGUAUUGGGAGUAAUUUGGUCAAGAAUCUUUAUGAGAACUUCGAAGCUGUAGUCAAUGGUACGGGAAAGAACGUAGUUUCCUACUUCUCGCAUGACACUAUGAUGGAGAUGGUCUACUGCGCGUUGGGACUCUUCAAAGAUGACGCACCAAUCAGAGGAGCAGUCAGGAAUCCGAAUAGACUAUGGAAGACCAGUUAUAUCGCUCCAUUCUCCGUUAAUAUUAUUGCUGUUUUAAAUACAUGCCAAGAAUCAGACACCCAGACGUAUCGCGUGCAGUUCUUUAUGAACGAACUAGUGACGGAACUCUGUCCGUUAGCUGGUUGUACUUGGGAGCAGUUCAGAGAGAAAUUCCAGAAGUUUACUGAAGCUAAUCUUGAUUUCUGCAGCUUGGAGAGCAAGGUCAAUGAACCGGAACCCAUUGGCGGAAAAGCAUCGACCUUUACUGCGGAUGACGAAGACUAAAGAAACUCUACUAUUUGUUAGAUGCGAUUAAAUUGUGA